AUUUGUUUGUCAAUAAUCAUACUUGAUGGGGAUGACAGCCCCUGUAGCUACAUAUUUUCUCCAAUGAAUCAUUCAUCAUAAUGACGUUCUCUGUGAAUGACAGGAAGCGAAUGGAAGGAUAUCGUUUUCUUCUUGGAAGUCAAGAAAGAACAUAAAUAUAGUAUGUGAGUGGGAAAAAAGUAAUAAUUCCAGUGGCAAUUAUUACAAUAUUAUAUGGAAAAUUCAGUUUAUCAUAUGUACAAUGGAAAAUUGUACUAUUUCAAAUGAAACGUCUCCCGUGAGUGUUCCAUCUGCUCUCUCAAUUGUUACUGAUGUAAAUAUUAGAACAAGUGGUUCGACCGUCCAACGUAAAAAUACCUCAAAGAAAGCUUUCACGUGUGAUGUAUGUGGGAAAUUUUUUCCAAAUAAGAAUAAUUUCGGGCAACAUUUUCGUAUUCACACAAAUGAAAAACCUUUCGAUUGUGAUAUAUGUGGUAAGGCAUUUACUCGUAAAAAUAGCUUAAAGAAGCAUUAUUUUAUUCAUUCAGAUGAAAAACCUUUUCCGUGUGGAGUUUGUGGCAAAGGAUUUUCCCAGAAAGGUAGUUUAAUUAAUCAUAUUCGUAUUCAUACAAAAGAAAAACCCUUUGUUUGUGUUAUCUGUGGUUUGGGAUUUUAUACCAAGAAAAUUUUAAAAAACCAUUAUCGCGCUCAUACAAAUGAAAAACCUGCUGUAUGUGACGUGUGCAGUAAGGCAUUUUCUUCAAAUGGUGCCCUGAAAAUACAUUAUGCUCUUCAUACAAAUGAAAAACCUUAUGAGUGUGAACUAUGUGACAAAAAAUUUUCCCAAAAAUUUUGCUUAACUGUCCAUUCUCUUACUCAUACAAAUGAAAAAUCUUUCGCUUGUGAUACAUGUGGUAAAACAUUUUCAUACAAAAGUAAUUUAAACAGACACUCUCGUACUCAUACAGAGGGAAAGAAUUUUAUUUGUGAUAUAUGCGGUAAGGCAUUUGCCUACAAAAAUGUUUUAACUAGCCAUUAUUCUACUCAUUCAAAUGAAAAACCAUUUGUUUGUGAUGUGUGCGGUAUGGCAUUUUCUGAACAACGUUCUCUGAAAAGACAUUUAAUCCUUCACACAGAUGAAAAACCUCAUGCUUGUGAGGUGUGUGGCAAAAAAUUUCCUCUGAAAUGUUAUUUAAAGAAGCAUUAUCGUAUUCAUACAAAGUGACAAUUAUAUUUCUUAGGACUGUAUCAAAUCAUUUGCACAAGAUCUGAUUUUUGAAAAACCUCUGUCUACAAAAAAUGAAUUAGUCUAGAAAUAUAAUCUGAAAAACUUCUGUUUGCUUACAAAUAGGAUAUAAAAAAAUAUAUCAUAUAAAUAUACAUACAAAUAUAUCAUAUAA